AUGCAUCUCUGGCUACUUUUUUUGACUGGCACUACCGUCUACGGUAUUGGUCGUAUUUUGGAACCAAGUUUCGAGGCCUUGAACUUUGCUUCCCCAAUAAACGGGCGAAGGCUGACUGGAAACACCAUCCAAGAAAUACAAGUGGACGCAGAAAGUCGUUGCAGAGUUGAAUGUGUUAAGGAAGAGAGUUGCAUUUCUUACAACUUCCAAAUGGUAAAGAACACAACUGAGGGGUACACAUGUCAAAUCAGUAACUCUGAUCGAUUUGUUAGCGUUGUUAACUUCACAACGGAUGAGGAUUUUAAAUACGUGGGCAUACAGGUAAGUCCUCCCUUUUUGUUCUUUGAAGUCCUUAAUUUCUUUAAUUAACAUGUAACUCGAAAACAUCACUUUUUUGGUAUGUGUUAGCUAUAGAGUGCAAGAAAAACUGGUAUCGUGACUGAAGUAAGAAUUUACCAUUCCGUCAAGUUCAAUUCUUCGUCCAUAAAAUAGAAACUGAAGAGAAACUUGCAAUUGUAAUUGUACCCCAGCUUUUCAAGUAAGUGAGCAGAAAUAGAAAAGAUAUAAUUACAUCGUUGCCCCUAUUGUAAACAACGCUUACCCAGUUAAUGUGUCUUAGCAAAAUGAUAAUAAUAAUAAUAAUAAUAAUAAUAAUAAUAAUAAUAAUAAUAAUAAUAAUAAUAAUAAUGAAAUUGAAUAAUACUACUACUGAAUAAUAGCUGUUUUCGUAACUUUCUAAGAAUAUUUGUGCCCUCUAAACAGUCGUUAGACAUUCUUUUUCGAACUAUUUUUGGUGGUGCGAUCUUAGGGAUCUUUCAAAUCGUGCGUGAAACCAGCAGCUCUUUCGUGACGCCUUUCUUUAAGGUAUAUUGUCGCUGUUUUGCGCAAGUAUCACAUUAGCCACGAAACAUGGCAUCUACUCAUCAAAAGCUUAUGUCAUUAACAGGUACUCUAUUUUUCUUAUAAUCUACCGAUAUGAUUCAUUGGUGGUGCGGUAUUAUAAUAGUGCAUUAUGUGUAUUUACACUCAAGUUUUCGAUGCCUGUAUGUAAAUCCGGUUAGGUAGGAGGUACUAAAAACGUUUUGUACGGAGAGGCUGUGCUCCGAGGUCCAACCCCGUACCUUUUAUCGACCGAAUACCGAAUUAUAUCAGAAUGAAAAAAAAAAAAAUCGCCAAAAAAAUACUACCCGUGUAUACAUUUUCUUGUCCCCCUCUUUAAUCGGCGGGGUAUUAUUUUUCUUGAUUAUUAUAUUUUGCUCUGCAAUAUACAGAUCGGUACGUUCGCAGACAUGGACACUGAUCCGAUUGUGUCCCCCCCCCCCUGCCUAAGUGUAGUGGGACAGGUGCAAAUUCCUCGCAGAAAUACCACCCGUGCUCAUUUCGUAGUCAUUAACAAUUUAUAGUACUCGACAGUUCUAUCUGAGCUCUGAUACAAGGUAGCAUACAAACCCAAACCUUGUUCUUCAAUUGGAAGCAACGUACCACCGCAGUUAAAGCCGUUGAAGACGCAUUGCAAUACAUCAAAGUGUAUAUAAGCAGGAGUUUGAGCCAGUACCGACCAGGGAAUAUUAUGUCGAGGAACAUUACCAACAUUAGACCGCAGCAGGAUUAGCUCAUUCGGUAGAGCGCUUGACUGCAGAGCGGGAGGUCGCGGGUUCGAUUCCCGGGGCCGGACCAAUACUCAGGGUCUUAAACUAACUGAGAAAUGAAGGUACUCCCUUUGCCCUGCAAACGGGUAGACCUUCGCGUGGCUCGGAUGACCACUUAUAAUGGCGGUCGCGUCCCCAGUAGGAGACGUAAAAAUAGUGUCCUCAAUUAGCACUUUCCUGCUAAAUACAUUGACACUCAAAUAAAGUGCUUUUUUUUUUUUUUUUUUGACUUGAAGCAAUUCAUGAUAGUGCUUCUAAAAUUAAAAAGUACCUUUUAAAGAAUUGCACAUUUUGCAAUCGGCUUUUGUUAUAAGAAAAAGCAAACACUUAAAAUUACUUGUCCCGAAAAUUCGAACUGCUGGCUCGUUCUACCACAUAGCAAGUCUUUUGAAAUUCCCAUUUACAGCUGAAUUUUGAACGCCUCAGUUUUGCUACGCACUUCUUCUGCUCCAACUAUUCCUCUGAAAUGUCUCUGGCAUAUUUAUUAUAUCAAUAAAAGCCGAUACCCGAAAUUACGGUAAAAAAUAGCUACCAAAUGUUUUUACUAGACGCGAUUUUCUUCAAAAAGUAGGGUCCUUUCAAGGGCUAAUUUCGAAAGAAUAAUUUACCAUCGAUCAAUGAAAUCUGAAUAUUUCAUGAUAUUAUUGCCGAAUGAUAUGUGUUGUUCUUUGCAAAGUUUUGCAGCCAAUUGGUUAAAAACGAAAAAGUUAAGUUAAAGCUCAAAUUGCUCUUGCAUUAAUGACGGAGCCAGCUUAAUCACACACAACUGUACAAUAAAUAGUGUCGAAAACGGAACCAGAUUCAGUUACGACACCAGAGACCAAAAACCCGAGAAAAUUCCGUAUUUUUGUCCUAGCAUCCACUCUUAUAUCUACAAUGAUUGUGGCUGCACGAUUUCAACUUGUCUUUUAAGUCUCUUAAACCAGUCGGCAAAAAGCUAUUUUUUAAUUAUUAACGCACUAUUAUUAUUAUAGAUUUGGAAAGCCAAACUAAGGAAAUCUUUUUAAAUUAAUAAUCUGACCUUCUGUACGUUGCGAGAAAGAUAUAGAUAAGAUAUGUCUUUUUUUAUCAUACGUUUGAGCUAUUUGAAACGAUUGGCAAAUCCUGUGCAAGAAUAAUCGUUGAACUCUUUGCAAGAAUGCGGGUAGCAAACAAUGUGGCUCGGAUUCAAAUCCCAGCGUGGACGCCAUAUGUGAGGUGAAUUUGUUAUUGGUUCUUUGCUUUGCUCCGAGAAAUUUUUUUUCCUCGUGCACUCCGGUUCUCCUCACUCCUCAAAAAUCAACAUUUCUAAAUUCCAAUUCGACCAGGAAUGGCUGUGCUGCCUCCAACUCGUUAUUUAUUUAUUUAUUUCAGUUAUUUAUUUAUAGUUGUUGCGGUUGUUUUUCUUACAGAGCACCUGUGAAGUGGAUAGCUCCAUCUGUGGGGACAAUGAAGUGUGUAUUCCAUACUACCAAGAUAACAGUGUACGAUGUGUUUGUAAGGUUGGAUAUACAGGAACACCUUGCAGUAAGUUACAUAAAUAUAUGGCUAUGUCAUAAACUGUCCCUGACUAGUAACAGCGUAAUGACGAAAAACGUAGAUCCCUUCUCACCUUCAGUUUUAAGGGUGUUGUACGCAACAGGACGGUAGACGGUAAGACGUUUGUGUGUGAAAAACGUGACAGGGCUGUUACAUGACUGUCUUGACGUGAUUUUCAUUUAUAAUAACAUUAAUGAAAGUGAAGAAUGAUCAUCGCAGUAAAUUUUCCAAUUUAAGCAAUUAAAAAAAUCAGGGCUUCAACGGGAUUCGAACCCGUGACGUCCGCGUUGCCGUUGUUUGGAAAAUUUACUGCGAUGAUCAUUCCUCACUUUCAUCUACAACCGCAGUUCAAAAAAGAAUUAUUUCAUAUACUUCACAUAAUAACAUUAAUGUUAUCAGGUCUUUAUUUCCAAAAAAUCUGUUAAAGGGAGGUGACGUUGACCAAACAAUGUGUUCAACAUAUUGUUGUCGCGCUUAAGUUCGUUCACUCGAUGUUUGCCGUCUUCUUUCCAUGCCACUCACUUCCUGUGGCGUAAAUUCACUUUUGUCACCCACUCCGACUCUGUGGGACUAGGGACGCUGAGGACGUAACAAACCUCUGGUAGUGACUAGCUAACCCCUAGGUGAAGUGCCCAUUUCAUUCAAUACUAAGUUGCAAACUGCCCCAAGUAGACAGAAGCACAGCAGUCCGGCUCAAGUAAAUUCCCACACACAGUGUUGUAGAUUGUCCCUGAAAAGUUGGAGGGAAUACAAAUGAGAAGAUUGCAUUCUUAAUCAGGCUACCUCAAUGUGGGUGUAGCAUGUGAAACGGUAUAGUGAUAAGAUGAUCGUUUUUUAAAUCUUCUGAUACCCAGUUUUUAAAUAACUAACAGAGCCUAUUAAAUACUGCGCCCAGCUCCUUAACGAUGGUGUCACAUCCAGUGGUGUGUAUACCAUUAAUCCAGACGGCGGCACACCCAUCCCAGUGUUUUGUGACAUGGCCACUGACGGCGGAGGCUGGACCGUUUUCCAGAAACGUUUCAACGGUUCUGUUGAUUUCUACGUCAACUGGACUUCGUACAAGAACGGUUUUGGGGAUCUGAAUGGCGAGUAUUGGCUUGGAAAUGACAAUCUUCACCGUUUGACAGCCGCUGAUGAUGUUAUUCUAAAGGUCGACCUGGAGGAUUUUGAUGGAACCAUCACUUACGCCGAGUACACAAUUUUUAAGGUGGCAAACGAGACAGAUAAAUACCGUCUUUUGAUUGGAGGAUAUAAUGGAACCGCCGGGGACUCGAUGGCUUAUCACAAGUAAGGCAAUUUGAAGUUAAGUGUGUUUUUAAGCCUUGGUGCAGGCAUGAAAACGUUUUAUUUUUUUAAAAAAAUAAUCAUUUGAUUAGGACUUACAUGCAAACUUGACUUACGUCUUACUAGUAUAGUAAAUAAUUCAUAAGAAGAGCAAACUCCUCAAGUUGCACAUGCCUCAGUAUAAAAUGACUGUGUAUGCUGCUUCGGCAAAAAAGCAAAAUGACAUAGGGAUGCAAAAAAUAAGACCUGUACAUGUAGAGUUUGUGGAGGGGUCUAAAGCUCUUAAUAGCUCUUUAAGAAAGGGAAUACUUCGAGUUUUUUGGUUUUAUUAAACCUCGCGUGUUCUUCUAAAAUAGUAAUCAAUGCAGAUCAUCUGACUCUACACCAAGCUCUGAUUUUCACUCCGUGACGGAGUUUACAUCUCACCUCAACAACUCUGCGCGUCUCGUCAAGAGCCAUUGCUUAAUCCUUGGGGACUUCAACUAUCCUGCAAUCAAAUGGAUUGAAGGCUGCGGCUCCACGAACUCUGCUGAUUUUGCUUUUUUUGAAACUCUACAAGACCAUUCUCUACUGCAAGUGAACCCCUUUUCCGACCCGCUAGGAGAAUAUUCUGGACUAAAUAAUUACUGAAUAAAGUGCACCUGACCGCAUAAUGAACAUCGCGACCUUGACUCCUAUACAGGCUGGCCUUGAAACCGACCACGAUCAACUUGAAUUUGACUUUGUAGCCAGGCUUCGUCGGGUGAGGAAACCUGCGCGCUUUUUUUACAAUUUCAAAUCAGCUGACUUUGAGAACUGGCCACAAACUGCAGAUUAUGCAGAACUCAGCUAUCAGUAAUAGCGCGCCAUGUAACUCGGGUGUUGAUGCCCGCUGGUCUAAUUGGAAAUCCGCCCUUUUGGAUAUUAUUGACGCUAAUAUCCCCAAGGCUAGAGUCAACUGCUGCUACUGAGACUUUCCAUCGGCUGCGGAAGUGAUUCCUUCUUAUCGUUUUUGGAAAUAGGAUUUUUAUACUUCUUAUAAUGUUUAUAUGUUUACAUAGUUAGUAUUUGUGUAUUUUUCUUAAGGGCACAAUUAAUUUGGAACUUCUUUCAGUUGUGUUUCCCGCACCUUCAUCUCUCGUUUUUGUGACUUGUUCAAAUGUAUUUUUUUCCUAGUCUUAUUUUAGCAUUGUAAUCAUGGUGAAAAAAAAUAAAUAAAUAAACAAAUUCACACGGCAUCGCUAAAAUCUAAGUCCUAACUAUUAUCUUUUUCAGCCAAAUGCAGUUUUCCACCAUUGACAGCGACAACGAUCUCAAUCCAAAUGGCAGCUGUGCUAAUACGCAUGACGGUGCUUGGUGGUACAAGUGGUGUCACUAUUCCAACCUGAACGGUUUAUACCUAAAGGGAAAUUUUUCCUCGGACUCAAAUGGCGUUACGUGGUUAGCUUUCAGAGGAUGGUAUUAUUCGCUGAAACGUACGGAAAUGAAAGUAAAGCCCAAAUCAGUUAUUUAAGUUAGAGAGACAAAACUCGGCCAUGAACUGUAGUCCAUGGGACAAUCCUACCAUUUAAUCAUCUAAAAAAACAUGACUAAAAACUAGACCAACUUAAACUAAAAAAUAUUGCCCUUCGAUUCGAAAACUCUGCUUGGACGACUGAUAGCUUUGAUAUGUAUUCUGUUUUUAAAGCAUGGUAGAUAUUCCGACCCCAUUUGUUUUAAUUUGCGGAUUUGCAUGUUUAUUUUGUCCGGUUGAACUUUCAUUUUCUGUCUUUGACUGGAGUAAUGCUUCAUCUUCUUUUGAUCAUUCGCUUAGCUUCUGACAGACACCUAAUAUUAACACCGACAGUACAAUGGAACAAUUGAAUAGCUUUACUUGUAUAUAACUAGUAAUGGUUGACACUACAGCUGCCCCCGUUCUGUAUAUUGUCGGUCAAUAGUAUUCUUGCUGGUUGUGUAGCUCUUUGAAAUAUACCGAUCCACAAUGAAGAUUUUCACACAUAUUCCAUACAAUAGGUGAGAUAAAUACAGGAAACGCAAGGUUCCAUGCACAGUUUCAGCUCGAUUUACACAGCUUUGAUCAAAACAUUCUCAGUUUCGAGAAUAGUUUACUCUAAACCAUAAGAAAAGAUUUAAUUAGAAGUUGAAUUUUUCGCUAUUUCUCUUUCCCUUUUUACAUUCAGUUAAUUUUAUUUGCCGGAAAGUAAGCCUUAGAAAUUAAAAGGACGUUUGAUCGAUUCACGCUAGCGCAUUCUGGUCUUAUUAGAAACUUUAUAAGGAAAGGACAUCUGUGAGCAGGGAAUAAGUCAACACAGAACUUGAUUGUCGGCGAAUUUCUGUAAAUGUCCAUCACAGUCUGCUAGUGAUAAGCUAGCCAU